UAUGGAUCAAUUUUAUGAUGAUUAUUAGCCAACUACAAAUAACAAAGACGUAGAAUCAAAUAAUAUUAAAACUAGAUAAAAAUCUAUCGUAAUGGCAAUUCUAAUUUAUGUUGCACCUUAACAAUCAGAGAUAAUACUAAAUUUAAUGAAAUACGUAAAUCUUUGCAAUAAAAAUGGGACACUCAGUUUAAUAGACUAAGACUGUUCAAUUAAGAGGGAGUGGAAAUAACUGAGGACGAUUUGGAUUAUAUAAAAAACGGAACUGUGUUAUUUGCAUCGAAAGGUAAAACUAAAUGAGUAAGUUAUUUAAAGGUGAGGAAUUUGAUGAAAGUUUUUAAUUGGCAGAGUAUGAACAAUUGUAAGAUAUAGGAGAAGGAGGAUUUGGAAAGGUAGUGUUGGGAAGACACAAACAAACAGGCGAGAAAGUGGCUAUAAAGAUGGUGAAAUAAAUGAUGACAAAUGCUUAAGUAUAAAUUUAUCAUAAUCAGGAUGUUGAUAUGAUCUUCAGAGAGGCAAGAGCACUCAAGUCUUUAAAGCAUGAUAAUAUCGUAAAGAUUUACAAUGCCUUCUUUUUACAGAACUUGUAAACUGUGUAUAUCAUGGAAUAUUUGGAGGGAGGUGAAUUACUUUAGUAUUUGUAAACCAAAGGGAGAUUUGAAGAGAGUGAGGCUCGACAUUAUUUUAAAUAGUUGGUCAGUGCGAUAUCGUAUUGUCAUCAGAAGAAGAUAAUUCAUAGAGAUUUAAAAUUAGAAAACCUAUUGUUGACCAGCAAAGAUUCGGGCAUAAUCAAGUGUAUCGACUUCGGUAUUUCUGGUUUUGCAUCUAACGACAAUCCAGAAAAUGCAGAUGCAGGCAGUCUUAGAUAUAUGGCUCCUGAAUUGCUCAAAGGUAUGCUUCACUCCUCUAAUUCAACUAGGAAUGGAUAAGGCAGUCUCUCCUUUGGUCGAUGUAUGGUCAAUGGGUAUAAUAUUGUAUGGGAUGUUAUUUGGUACAUUACCAUUUACCGGUAAUACUAAUAAAGAGAUUAUCGCCUAAAUUUCAGAGGGGAGACUCAAUAUUCCUCAUGAAUAAAAUAACAAGCUCUCUCAAAAUUGUUUAGAUUGUUUGUAUCGGGCCUUGGAACCAGAGCCAAAGAAACGAAUCACUUCGAUCGAACUCUUAAACCACCCUUUUGUUACUAAUGAAAAUACGUUAAACACUGUUACUAAUAAGUAAUUUGAACAUCUAUCAUAGACCUAAAAUCUAAACUCAAUUGUAAUAGAUUGAUGAGGGUGACAAUUAAGCUGCCUAACAACAAUCAUAAUCAGCAACGAAUAAAAAACAAAAUGUUCAGUUUUCCAAAUAAUUCGCUAAAUAACAUCCAUAAUCUACUAGACAAUUAACAUAAACAUAAAAGAAACCACCUCAAUAAUCACCUUUAUUAUAAAAAUAACCUUAAUCAACUGGAUAAACUAUUAAGUAAACCAAAUUCAGUAAAAAGUGA